UAAAUAUGGCCGCCCCCAUAGAUGCGUGAGUCCGGGUUAAGAAGAUUGGAAAGAGUUGUGAGACUUUGCUUUUAAUCUCGUUAUUGUGCAGGAUGUGUCCGGACCUGAGUACUCUGCUGAUGCUCGCGACUGUUGUAGCAGUAGUGAGUGGGCAUGAUGAAGCCGCAUUAUGGGAUUAUAUGUAUGCACAUUUGAUGUCAUUAUGGCUUAACAGAUUUUAUGUCUACUCUUGCGCUGCGUUUGGUUUCACCAUCUGGAUCUGUAGCCAGUUAAUCAGAACUAGGAAAAACAAGCAGGUUGAAAGUUUGCAACAGAAUGGUUUGCCUCUCACAAAAUCUGUGAAAAGUGAUGCCUGUUCUGUUCCCAAGGAGAAAGAUGUACAUGUUGCUGGUGUGAAGAUAUUUUAUGGCUCUCAAACUGGCACUGCCAAGGGCUUUGCCUAUCUUCUGGGAGGAGAAAUCACUGCCUUGAACUUGCCGGUAGAAAUAAUUAACAUGAAAGAAUAUGAUCCAGACGACCAGUUAGUUGAAGAGACCACUAGCAAAAAUAUCUGUGUUUUCUUGGUUGCGACCUACACCGAUGGACAACCACCUGAGGGCGCGGAAUGGUUUUGCAAGUGGUUGGAUGAAGCUUCCAAUGACUUCCGCUUUGGAAAAACAUUUCUCAAAGGCAUCAGAUAUGCUGUAUUUGGAUUAGGAAAUUCAGUCUAUAGCAGUCAUUACAAUACGGUUGGGAAGAGCAUUGAUAAAUGGCUAUGGAUGCUAAGUGCUAGCCGUGUUAUGACCCGUGCAGAGGGGGACUGUAAUGUGGUAAAAAGCAAGCAUGGCAGCAUUGAAGCAGACUUUAAUGCCUGGAAGGCAAAAUUCCUAACUAGACUCCAGGCUCUAAUUAAAGGAGAGAAGAAAACAUGCAAAGGGGAAUGUAAGAAGAAAAGAUGCAAAUCUAAACGUAAAUCUAGCACUGAGACCCUGGAGCAGGAGCAAAACCAAGAACACGACUCAGAGCAUGAUGUGGCAGAGGAGGAGCUGUAUGAAACAACCAGUGAGUCAGAUACUGACGGGGAAACUGAAACGGGAGCCAGUAGCCUGAUAGAUGUUGAAGACUUAGGAAAGGCGAUGAGCAGCAUGAAGAAAGCCAAGAAAGAGCAUGAGGCAUAUGAGGAGUCUGGAAAGCUGGGGAAGUCACUGUUGAGUGCUAAUACCAAGGAAAAUGAAGAAAAGAGAGAGAUGAUUACUCCUGCUCUUCAGAAGGCCCUCACUAAACAAGGCUACAAACUGAUUGGAAGCCAUUCAGGGGUCAAACUUUGCAGAUGGACCAAGUCAAUGUUACGUGGAAGAGGAGGCUGCUAUAAGCAUACAUUCUAUGGCAUUGAGAGUCAUCGCUGCAUGGAAACUACACCAAGUCUGGCUUGUGCAAACAAGUGUGUUUUCUGCUGGAGACACCAUACAAAUCCUGUGGGAACUGAAUGGAGGUGGAAAAUGGACCAGCCUGAGAUGAUUGUAGAAAAAGCCAUUGAAAAUCACCAAAAUAUGAUUAAGCAAUUUAAAGGUGUUCCUGGAGUUCAACCUGACAGGUUUGCAGAAGGGAUGACUGUCAAACACUGUGCACUGUCUUUGGUAGGGGAGCCAAUAAUGUAUCCAGAAAUAAACCGAUUCCUCCGGCUGCUCCAUCACCGUGAAAUAUCAAGCUUCUUAGUAACAAAUGCACAGUUCCCAGAGGAAAUAAGAAAUCUGGAGCCAGUCACACAACUGUAUGUGAGUGUGGACGCAAGUACCAAAGACAGCCUCAAGAAAAUUGAUCGCCCACUGUUCAAGGAUUUCUGGCAGAGAUUUCUUGACAGCUUGAAGGCCUUGGCAGAAAAGCGACAGAGAACGGUGUACAGGCUGACCCUGGUGAAAGCUUGGAAUGUGGAUGAGUUGAAAGCUUAUGCAGACCUCAUAACUGUUGGAAAACCAGACUUCAUUGAGGUUAAGGGAGUGACAUACUGUGGAGACAGUUCAGCCAGCAGCCUGACCAUGGCAAAUGUUCCAUGGCAUGAGGAAGUUAUCUAUUUUGUUCUAGAAUUAGCUAACCUCUUACCGGAUUAUGAAGUAGCUUGUGAGCAUGAACAUUCAAACUGUAUGCUGAUUGCCCAUAAAAAGUUCAAAAUUGAUGGUGAAUGGCGGACUUGGAUUGAUUACGAGAAGUUCCAGGAGCUUAUCCGGGCCUAUGAAGAAAGUGAAGGGCGCCAACUAUUCACUUCUUUGGACUAUGUAGCAAAAACUCCAGAAUGGGCUCUGUUUGGUUCUACGGAAAGGGGCUUUGAUCCUAUAGAUACACGAUUUCAAAGGAAGAACAAAACUAAGGACAUAUCUGGAUGUUAGCUACAUUUAAUAUGGUGCAGAAUGCCAGAAACCAUCUUGGCUAAAAAUGUUGUUACAAAUAGAUUUCUACAAGCGUGUUUAUGUGUGUGUUUGUAAAUGUCAAUUCUUCCGGGGUGCUAUAGAAAGUUCAAAUAUCCAAGUUAUAACACAAGCACUCACUGGACUUGAACACCCGAAACGUCACUGGUUUAUAUGGAAUAAAACACUUUUUAUUUCACCUGUAUCAAGUCCAGUGAGUGCUUGUGUUAUAACUUGGAUGGAUAUAUAUAUAUAUAUAUAUAUAUAUAUAUAUAUA